UUAAAAGCAAUAUAAAAGCAAUACGGUCCUUUUCACGUUGCAUUGUUAAUUUUAUUCUUCGUUUGUUUUCGUGACUCGUAAGAGUGAACGGUGAGGUAGCAGAGUCGUUCGUCGAUAGAUUAUCAAUGGCGAAACACGAAGAGCUUCCAAUUCCGAUUUACUCUUCUUUGGAGCCUGUUUAUGGAGAGGGUUCUAUGCUCGAAGAAGCUCAGCUUAGAUUUGACAGAGUUAAGUCCAAGUUUCUCGAAGUCUUUGGACACUCCCCUGACGUCUUUGCUCGAUCUCCAGGGAGAGUAAACCUCAUCGGAGAACACAUUGAUUAUGAAGGUUACUCCGUGUUACCGAUGGCAAUCCGGCAGGACACCAUCGUGGCCAUACGUAAACACGAAGCCGGAGAGGGUGAAAAGUUUCUACGAAUUGCUAAUGUCAAUGAAAAAUACACCCUUUGUACUUAUCCUGCUGAUCCUAACCAGGAAAUUGACUUGAAAAACCAUAGAUGGGGCCAUUAUUUCAUCUGCGCGUACAAAGGUUUUUAUGAAUACGCUAAAUCAAAAGGAGUGGAUGUUGGCGUUCCUGUUGGAUUAGAUGUUGUUAUUGAUGGAACUGUCCCAACAGGUUCUGGUCUAUCAAGCUCUGCGGCAUUUGUUUGUUCGGCGACAAUUGCUAUCAUGGCUGCUUUUAAUGUUAACUUCCCGAAGAAAGAAAUUGCGCAACUUACAUGUGAGUGUGAAAGGCACAUUGGAACACAAUCUGGAGGAAUGGACCAGGCGAUCUCUGUCAUGGCUCAGGCUGGGUUUGCAGAGCUUAUUGAUUUCAACCCUAUUCGUGCCACUGAUGUGAAACUUCCUGCUGGGGGUACUUUUGUAAUUGCACAUUCUUUAGCAGAAUCUCAGAAGGCAGUCACUGCUGCUACGAAUUACAAUAACAGGGUUGUUGAGUGUCGACUAGCUGCUAUUGUACUCGGAAUAAAGCUUGGAAUGAAACCACAAGAUGCAAUAUCAAAGGUGAAAACCCUUUCCGAUGUUGAAGGAUUGUGUGUAUCAUUUGCCGGCCGUCACAAUUCUUCCGAUCCAGUUGUUGCUGUUAAGGAACUUUUGAAAGAGGAACCAUAUACUGCUGAAGAGAUUGAAAAAAUCACUGAGCAAGAUCUGCCAUCAAUUUUUAGCAAUUCCUCAUCUUCACUGGAUGUGCUAAAAGCUGCCACGCACUUUAAGUUGCAUCAGAGGGCUGCCCAUGUUUACUCUGAAGCUAAGCGGGUGCAUGCUUUCAAAGACACUGUGUCUUCAAAUUUAAGUGAAGAGGACAAGUUAAAGAAGUUGGGUGACCUUAUGAAUGAGAGCCACUACAGCUGUAGUGUUUUAUACGAGUGCAGCUGUCCAGAACUGGAAGAACUUGUAAAAAUUUGUCGGGAACAUGGUGCCUUAGGCGCAAGGCUUACAGGCGCGGGAUGGGGUGGCUGUGCUGUAGCUUUGGUGAAAGAGGCCAUUGUUCCACAGUUCAUCCUCAAUUUAAAGGAAAAUUUCUUCCAAUCGAGGAUUGACAAGGGCAUAAUCGGUAAAAAUGAUCUCGGUCUUUAUGUAUUCGCUUCAAAACCAUCAAGUGGGGCUGCUAUUUUCAAGUUUUAGCAUCUAUCAUUUAUUUGCUCAGUUAAUGUGGUUUUAUAUUAUGCCAAGAACAUAUCAUUUAAGUCCAACUGAAUAAAAUUUGAUUCAUCCUACCAGUCAUUUGUUUUAAGUUACUUUCAGUAA